GUUUAUACCAAAACAGAGAGCUGGUACGAUAAGUUCAAUAACAAAGAUUUUAAGAUUGAGAGUUUGAAACCAUGAAAGUACAUGUGCGUCUAGUGGUGAGAAUGGUAACUCUGAUUUUCAUCGUGACGUUAAUCCAUCUACUGCUUAACUAUUUGGAAGAUACUUUAUCAUACACCAUCAUCAAACCCAGUGACAUAUUCAUUGAAAGCUACGACUUCGCAACUACCGUAAAAUCCAAUAGUGACAACACAAAUAAUACAUUAUCAACAUUGCGGUCAACUGGGAUUAACUCAACCAUUAUCGCCAUAGGAUGCGCAAUAAAAAUUCGGCAUAAGGAUCUACAGAAAGACGACAUAUCCCAUCUGCCUCUUUUUGCGGAUUUACUUCCUUCAUUUUGUUUAACAAUGUCAAGAGGUUUCAAAUAUGAUUUUUAUUUUGCACAUGAUUAUAACGACCCAUUCUUCAUAAAGGACGAUGCCUAUAAGCGAUUUAGAGGAAUAUUCAAUGGGGUCUUGAUGAACAGAAGUGAGUGUUAUGAAAUUCAGGACAUUGAAAAAACGAUAAGUAUCCAUUUUGUAAAGUGUAAAUUUUCAGGCAAGCCAGCAUGGGCCCAGAACGACGCUAUGAUGGCUGCGCACGCAGAUAAUGUGACGUAUUUCUACAGGAUAAACGAUGACACAAUUUUAAAAACAAGUGGUUGGACUGAACAAUUCAUUGCUACUCUAGCUGCGUAUGAACCUCCAUUGAUAGGUGUCGUUGGACCAAACCACACAGGUGGCAAACUGUCCAUUCUUACAUACGAAUUUGUACAUAGACAUCACAUCGAUAUAUUCGGAUUCUACUAUCCCCGGCAACUUAGUGCAUGGUACGCAGACGACUGGAUUACUAAAGUAUACGAACCAUCGAGAUCGAAAAAAUUAGGAAAUAUUAAUUUAGUUCAUACUAAAAAACUGGGCAUUCGCUACGAUCACGAUAAAUCACAUCACAGAAUGUUACCAACAUUGCUCAUGAGAGAUCGAAAGGUUUUACAAAAAUAUCUGGAAACU